AUUGUCUGAAUUGAUUGUUUUCGCGUGUGUGUGAUUCUCAGCUAGCUAGACAACAACCCUAGCUAGCGGUGUUUGUUGAUGUCAACCGGUCCAGUCGGUUGUCCAACAAACGUCAGUUGUUUUGUUUGCCGUGUGAGGAGCUGGCAGGUCUGUGCAAACUGGCUAGCUGUUCAUCAAACACUUCUUCUCAUACAGUCGCAUUCUUUUGAUUUACCUCAACACACGGGAAUGAAAUUUACUAAAAGGUGAUGGUCGUGCUAGUUUUGUCGACGUUUAGCUUAUCGAUUUUUCCAGGGACCCUAAAAUAUGAUGGUCCUCUUUCUGAAUUAUGAAGGCAGUUGUGUGUUUUAGUGUAUGAGGAUCCAUUUAUACUGUGUGUGGAACAAAAUUAAGCAUUAUAUUAUAAAAGAAGUUUAUUGGCUUUUGUAUUGUCAUUGUGGCCAAUACAAGUGAUGUAAAUAUUAGCAGUUGUUUCCUGAAGAGAAACAUUCGCACGUUUUUGUAAUUGUGAUUUAUUUCCACUAUAAAAAUGAUUAUUAGCGAUAAAUCACAAGGUUAAUAACUACUUUUUAGAAAACCGAAUAAGAAAGUAAUGUCAAAUUCAAUAUAUUUUACUGUUCAUUGCAUUUAUUUGAUUAAAAAUGUGACCCUGGAUCACAAAACCAGUCAUAAGGGUCAUUUUUUCAAAAUUGAGAUUUAUACAUCAUGUGAAAGCUGAAUAAAUAAGCUUUCCAUCGGACACUAUUUGGCUGAGAUACAACUAUUUAAAAAUCGGGAAUCUGGAGGUGCAAAAAAAUCAAAAUAUUGAGAUAAAUAAACUGCCUUUAAAGUUCUUUAAAUAAUGUUCUUGACAAUGUAUAUUACUAAUCAAAACUUAGGUUUUCAUACAUUUACAGUAGGAAUUUUACCAAAUAUCUUUAUGGAACAUAAUCUUAAUUUCCUAAUGAUUUUUGCCAUAAAAAAAACAAUAACUUUGACCCAUACAAUGUAUUUUUGGCUAUUGCUACAAAUAAACCCCAGCGACUUAAGACUGGUUUUGUGGUCCAGGGUCACAAAUACAGUAAAUCAGCAAAGUUGCAAAAUAAUAUUUUAAUUUACAAUAACAUUUCAUUACUCUAUGAUCCAGCAUAAUUAAUUUGCUGAUUUGCCACUCAAGAAACUUUUCUUAAUAUUAUUUAAUUUAAUUGUUGUUGUUGUGGAAACAUAGAUUUUCAGGAUCCUUUGAAAAGAGAGUUAAAAAAACAUUUCUUUGAAAUAAAAAUAUUUAGUUUUUACUUUUACUUUUGAUGUUUAAUAUAUGCUUGCUUAAUAAAAUCAUUAAUUUUUUUUUCAGAAAUGGUUCUGACCCCAGACUUUUGAUUGAUAGUGUAGGUUAGCUUUUUUUCUAGAAAUGUGGUCAUACAAAAAUUAUUUUAAUUAAAUAUUUAUCAAUGUUGAAUAGUUUGUUCGCCCAAUUGCAAAAUAGAAUGGAAUUUUAAAAUAACUAAAUCUUUUUAAAAUCACAGUUUAUACCUUUAUGUAUCACUUUCCAUUAAAUGUCUCUAAGCUGUUAUACCUUAUUUUUAUGCAUUUACAAACAUAACUCUAGUUAUGCUAGCUACCUUUCUAAAUAUAUUUCUGAGACUCUUUGAUGCUGUAAUGUUUUUCCCAUUCUAAAAUGAAACUCCAGAGAAAGGCAGUAUGUUUUGUCUCCCAGUCUUCCAUAGAUCUUUCCUACCGAUAAGCUAUCCAUCACAUUUUUCUUUCUCUUUGAUGCUGGUGGGCGGUCUGCUAUCCGGCAUGCUUUUAAAUAGUCCUGUAUCUUUAUGGAGUAUUGAUUGGGUCCUGACAGACGAUUUUGUAUGUUUGUCAGCGCAUUAUUUGGAGCUGUAAGAACUAACUGAAAGUUACUAGCACGGGCGUCAUUCUGAUCCUAUAUCAGUCAUAUAUCAUGCCUGCUUGUGUUUUGUCUGGUGUAGUGGCUUCAUUCCUUACCAUCUGCUUGCAUGUUGAUUAUUUAUUUUUUUUCUUUUCUUUCCCUGUUUGCAUGUCUUGUGGUCUAGCUAAGCACUUCUUGCUCUGCCUUGCAAAAUCCUGACAGAAUCUUCUGCUGUGCAUUGCUCAAAUCUACAGUAAUCAUGUCAGUGUGGGGUGUUUUGGGUUAAAAAUAGGAUUUAUAUUUCAGCUUAAUUUUUUAUUGCAUUUUAUAAAUUCAGUAACAUUGAAAAGUACUUUGUUUUUCCAAACCUAAUAUCUUAUUCAGUGAAUUUAUGAAUCAGUAGUACAAUUAUGCAGUAGGAUUGAGAUGUUAGAGUUAUUGGGCUGGAAUGGACAAAUCUUACAUUAUAGCAACAUGAUGCCACAUGCACACAUGUAUUUUUUUGUAUCUAUGUAUUUCUGUCUUCUACAUUAGCAUAUAAUCUGCAAUUUAGAACAAUUUGCAUUUACUGGUUUUUGUUCCUGAUUUGUCCAGUUCUGUCCAAGUCCUGCUGUCAGUCUUUUUGAUGCUGAUCACUGCUUUUUGUCUUGGGCUUCUCUGCUCUCACUCCUCAUGUCCCUCACCUUCUCUUCUAUCUCUCCUCUCAUUGGAUGGGACAUCGCUGGGCUCUUCCAAUCACAUUAGGAGUUUGAUGAGUUGGCCGAUGACCGUAUGGCUCUGGUGUCAGGCAUCAGUUUGGAUCCAGAAGCUGCUAUUGGUGUCACGAAGAGACUCCCGCCUAAAUGGGUGGAGGGAGUGGAUGAGAUUCAGUAUGAAAUCACACGUAUACGUCAGAAGAUGAAGGAACUGGCCAGUCUGCACGACAAACACAUGAACCGGCCCACGCUGGAUGACAGCAGUGAGGAGGAGCAUGCCAUCGAGAUCACUACACAGGAAAUUACACAGAUGUUUCACAGGUGCCAGCGGGCCGUGACGGGCUUGCAGACUCAGAGUCGUCAUUGUACAGAGCAAGAAAACAGGCUCUUGACUAAUGUGGUCUCCUCACUGGCCCAGAGCCUUCAAGAGCUGUCACUCAACUUCAGACACACACAGUCAAGCUACCUGAAACGUAUGAAAAACCGUGAAGAAAGAUCCAAGCACUUUUUUGACUCGGGUCCUCUUGUGGAGGACGAUGAAGACGUUGCGCUAUAUGACAGAGGAUUUACAGAUGACCAACUAGUGCUGGUUCAGCAGAACACAGUGCUGGUAGAAGAGCGAGAGAGAGAAAUUCGACAGAUUGUUCAGUCCAUCUCUGACCUUAAUGAGAUAUUUAGAGAUCUUGCUGGAAUGGUUGUUGAACAGGGCACAGUCCUCGACAGAAUCGACUUCAAUGUGGAGCAAGCUUGUGUUAAAACAGAGGAGGGACUGCAGCAGCUGCAGAAGGCUGAACAAUACCAGAAGAAAAACCGCAAGAUGCUGGUCAUUUUAAUUCUCUUCGUCAUAGUUGUUGUUCUAAUACUUAUUCUGUUUGGGACAAAGUUUAGGUGAAUCAUUCCAUGGCCUCUGAGAGGGAUCUACAUGUAUGUAUGAGAGAAACUGAUGUGUGUGUGAGUGGGUAUGCAUGCUGACUUUCAACACCAUUGUUUGUCAAAUUUGGAAGGUGCUUAUGUUUUAAAUUACCAGUGAAGCAGAUAAGGACGCCCCCUGCUGGCCACCGAGUGCAGUGUGUGGAGACAUUCAUGUGUUUAACUCUGUAGUGAAAGGCAGUGUUAGUUCUCGAUUUCCUUUCAGAGAGCCAUUUUUCUUCAUUUUUUUCACACAAGCACAGCAGGUAGGAGCAUGGAUGUGAUAUGGCAGCAUGUUCAUCUCAACUGCUCUUGUCAUCUAAUUUGAAGAGUAAUUGGAAAAUGAUCAUGUUUGGGUGAAUCUCUUCAAAACCAUUUUCAGGUUAUAUUUCAAACAACAAUAUUGCUGAAAUGGUCAUGAAAACAUUGUUUUGUCUAUUAAUAUUGCACAUCUCCCUCUCAACUAUUAUUACUUUAAUGCAGAACUAAAUUAUUUUAAAUCUAAAUUUAAAAAUACAGUUGCAGAAUUACAGUAUUUUUUACUGUAUAACAACUGUGAUACAAAUCUAAUAGGAAUCACCAUUGAGAAUAAUGGAAAAUAAAUUAGAAUGUUAAAGUAAAUGAGAUGAUAUAAUAUAUAUAAUUCUGAAUAUAUAUGUGUUUGAAUGGGGUUAAAUGUCACCUGAACAUGUUGGUUUCAUUCAACAUCAGAAUUGAGCACUGAACAGUGAAAACCUGUCAUAAGCUGCCUUUGAAUUAGACCUCGCUUGUAGGCUCGGAUGUGUGUGUUUGAGCCCAAGAUGACAUGAUAAACUCUGUUUUCCUGUAAUUUAAUCUGAAAAUUUUCCAGUGUGUGUGUGAGAAGAGAAGCUCUGACACUCCAGGCAACCAUGGAGGAAUUUACUGACUGAGGAAUGAGGAACGUGUACUCAAAGCAUUUACCAUGUUCAGUUUUUAAUCGUUUUUUUUUUUUAUUAUGUGGUAAAAUGUGUAUUGGGAUUAUGACAGGUGUUGAAUGAACUGAAUGUUACAUUGUCCUUUACAAGCAUCCAUAACUGAGAGUUAGAUCCUCUGCACAUCAUGUGUUUGUCUACGUUUUAAUGGCAGUGUUGUUGUCAUAAUAUCAGUAUCAUUUCAGUGAAAAGCAAGAGUGAUUCAUCAAGGUUUUAUUUGCUUCACUCUGUUUCUUGCCUUAAAGAGUGAACAUUUGUGCGCUGAACUUGGAUGUUUUUAAAGCUUUCCUUGUCCAUGUUUCAUUGGCUGUUGUUGUCACUACCGUGUCAUUCAGUCUGACCUUUGAACUUAAAUUGAACUUUGACCUUCAGUGUCAGACUGUACAACUACUGUUCCCUGUACAAGAUGAAAUUAUUUAUUUUAGAUGCAAAUACAUGUACAGAGUUUAUGGAGUUCUAUUGUUGUCCGUUGGUAGUCCAAAGUCCAUUUUUUUUCUUUGUAUAUUGUAAUGAUGAUUUACCUUUUUCCUGUCCUUUCAAAAAUCAAUUCCUGUUGGCUUUUGUGAAGGGUAAUUGCAUCACUACUGUAUGAUGGGGUAAAAUCAUGAAGUUGACCAUAUUCUUUUAUAAAUACAGAGACUGUUUAUUCUUAUUUUAUUUUAGAAGGUUUGAAGAAAUAUAAUCGCACAUUCAAGGCUAAAAUCCAUUUGAUGUGAUUUACUCCAUGGUUUUGGCGUGAAACCCAGUGUGAAUAUAAUAUUUUUUUUCUGCCAUUACGGUACUACUGUAUGCUAUCUGAACCUUCUGUAAACGCUGAACUGGUUUUUAAUGAAAUUAAAACAAAUAUAUAUAUAUAAA